GCAUUAUCAUCACAGUUGCUAGUUUGAUACAAACGGAAACAUGAUUCUUCCAACGUUGUCAAUACUGGCUCUUGUGGCGGCGGCCAAUGCCGCGAUACUACCGUGGUUCGAUCCAAGGAUCGUGAACGGCGAGGACGCGAGGGAAGGCGAAAUUCCGUAUCAGGUAUCCCUCCAAAAGAUGGCUAGCUCGUUCCACUUCUGCGGCGGAUCAGUUCUCAACAAUUAUUACGUUAUCACCGCGUCUCACUGCGUCGAUGGAACUCAACCGGAGGCUAUCAAAGUUGUUGCCGGAACGAUCGAUCUGUCGAAGCCGAACGUGGAGCGCAACGUUGUCAAGAUCAUCAUGCACGAGAGGUACAACUCCAAAGACUCGUGGAAGAACGACAUCGCUCUGCUCAAGGUCGAGAAACCGUUCGAAGAGUCGAAGCUGAUCGCCUUCGUGCCUCUUCCGUCCGCAAACGACGUCGUCAACCCUAACGAAGUGGCCACAGUUUCCGGAUGGGGUAGACUCAGGCAAGGCGGGCCUACGACCAUUUUCCUGCAGCGUGUCAACAUUCUGAUUGCCAGCCAAGAGUACUGCAAGCUCAUGUACCACAAGCAGGGCUACAACGUCUACAACUCACACAUUUGUGCGUACGAUCCAAGUGUCCAGAAGGGAUCCUGCAACGGUGACUCUGGCGGCCCAUUGACUGUGAAAGGAAAACUCGUGGGACUAGUUUCGUGGGCUAUGGGAUGCGCUUUGACCGACUACCCCACCGUUUACACCCGCGUAGCCUCGCAUCUUGAUUGGAUCAAGAAGAAUGCUGUCUAAAUCGAAGGAUCAAACUUGAGGACGAACAGACAACAUGGAACAUACUAAACGAAUCUUGUUAUAUCAAUGAUCAAUUUUGAUAACAGUAUUGUUAAUUUAAAAUGUAAAUAUUCGUCGCGUAUAUUAAUAAAACAUUUUCUUCGUUA